ACGAUCACUCUCGACAGUUGUAUCUCUGCUAAAUACGAUCUUACUGUAAGCUUUUAGCGGGAAGAGUUUCUCGGGGAAGAAAACCAGGUAGCUAACGGUUUCCAGCUCAGUGUUCGAAAAAUUGUUUUGCUGUUUAUUCGGCUUGUAGCUAAAUCGGAUUACGAUACAGAUCGUGAAAAAUGUCCGCAUUACGUCUUACAAGCGAAGCGGAAGGUGUUCAACCAGCAAAUGUCUGCGUAAACACUGCUGCUUCGAAUUUAUCCACGAAUGCCAGUCUAACCACGUUAGAAGUUGUUUGGGGCUUCGAGUACAUUUGCACCGCCGUAUGCAGUAUUUUAUCUCUUCUUUUGAACUCCUUCGUGGUAACGUUUCUGUGCUACCGCCGCGAACUGCGAAAACCCUUCAACUGCUAUCUGAUUGUUAUACUUAUUUCUGAUGGAUUAAUAAGCAUUCUCGGCUGGAUAAAUAUCACCAAAGAUCUCAUUAAUAGGAACCUGGUGGGCAAAUCGGUGUCGGCGUUUAUUCAGUAUAUGUAUUGGGUGGUCGCUGGCAUUCCGUUGAACCUUCACGCGCUCGUCGCCGGGAAUCGCGUCUGGGCGGUGGCUUUUCCGUUCUCUUUUAAACAUCGCCACAGUUAUUUCUUAGCUGUUUGCCUCAUUUUUAUCGUGAUUAUCUACACCAAUCUUGCCUGUUUGCCUAUCAUCAUUAUGUUUUAUACUCGUAUAUUUUAUGAUCAAAUGUUUUCUACAGAAAUGCCACAGGUACAACUACGGAAAUUUGCCCUAAACCGAUCGAUGAACGCAUAAGCGUUCAGAUAUCUGGAUCGUUAUAUCAACUGGCUAUUUUUUAACCUUACUUUGUUACAUAUACCAGAGAUUCUUGUUAUGUGGAAAAGAGGAGUGAUGCUGCUGAUUUAUGAUGCACCCAUCGUCAUUAUGGCAGCUUCGUGGAUAUUUGUUACUUUCCGGUUAAAAAAGCAGCGCAGCGCAGUUACGGAAAAGCCUAGAACUGGUAAUGCUGAAUCGCAGCAUGCUUCCUUUUGGGUCUUCUCCGCGUUGACCUUAAGCGUCAUUGUGUGCUGGACACCAUACGAAGUUUACUAUACGUUGUACGCUUUCGACCGUGACUACGGUAGCGAGACAGUGGUUAAUUUGACGCUAGCACUGUAUCUUGUUCAACCGGUGCUCGAUCCCAUUCUCCUUUUGAUUACCAUGGGAGAAUUACGAAAGGCAUUUAGUGACACAUUACCGGUGUGUUUGUUCAGGACAAGAGUCAAACCACGAUAAUGUAGGUCAAACCCUGAAAUACAUUGUUUCUGAACCGUGUCGCGUCAUCGUUAUUACGAAGCAGAACCUGGGCUGUGUGUGACACUGGAUCGAAACGGAAUUUCGGGGCGCAUAAAACGAAGAAACGCCUUUUAUUUGUUUGGCUCCAUUUACUGCUAUGAUACUGUUUUAGUGCUUUUUCAUUGUCGGUGUUGUAAAACACCUUUUAUAAUGCUUACUCUUCCCAUAGUCAUAACUUUCACUUAAUGUCAGACAUUCAAAUCAGGAGCCGACUUUCUAAGCCGGGGUAUACUGUCCUUGAUUUUAUUAGCGGUUUUCCCAGGCACGAAGCACAGCAGUUGCCGCUCUUUGUGACCUUUCUGUUGCCAUAUAAACAUAAAAUGUCGGAGCCAUACUUAAUAAAUGUUGUGCGUCUGUCAGCUUUGGCGGAAAAAGACACUUGAUAACACACCUGCCUAAAACACCUGCCGGACACAACACUUUUUGCACUUGCCUUUAGAAUCAACCACCUACGUUUCAGUUUUCUACGACAAAAUGGCGAAUACUAUACUUUGCACAGUGCUGCUUAUCCAGGCUAUCGUUUCCGUGGAGCACCAUUUUUCCAUGGGUGCCACCAGAGCUCCUCCUCUAACAGCUGCUCCAUAUACGAUGAGAAAUCCAAUAAACCCAACCAAUUCUCCUCCGGUUACUACUACACCAGCGCCCGCACCAGCACCAGUACCGAGCACUACGGGUAAGCCGACUACAACAGCGGGUACAACUACAGGUUCUACUCCGCGGUAUCAGACGAUGGAUGUUGUGGUUAUUACACCGGCUCAUACUACAACGGCCAAAACAACAACCGCGGAUACUACCACAGGAUCUACUCCGCAGUACCAAACCAUGGAUGUCGUCGUUAUUACACCGGCUCACACUACAACGGCCACAACAACAACCACCGCCAACGUGACGACGGCAGCUGCCGUCACCACCACCACCGACGGCUACACGCACAGCUGCUACGACAACUGGAGUCGCUGCACUCCGGCAACGGCUGCUUUCACGGGGAUAUUGUGGAAAAGCUGUGCUGAAUUCUGUCAGAAAUGCAAAGGCAAAGCGAAUGGCCAGUGCAUGCCGUACAGUGGAGUCUGCAGUGGAGGAUAUCAUUGCGAAUGCGCUCCACUGAACUUGCUGACGGACGAUACAGAUCCCACCCCAUUCCUGGCUCAAGUGUUUUUUGCUGUAAAGGACGCGUUCACUUGCUGGCUCGGACUUUAGUCCAGUCAAUCGAGCUGUCCCGAUUUUCUAAUUAAUAAUCGACUGGGCGAUAAUGAUGUGGAACAGUACAUAUGUAACGUUAUUGGAGAGCACAUAAAACGCUGCUGCUUAAGAAAACAACUGAUUGUUCUUUGGAUAACAGGGAAUGUGAUGGUAUCGGCCUGUUGUAAAAGAAUAACACUAACUCCAUAUUUUUAA